CAACAGUUCUGUAACCGGUUAACUAGACUGUGAACAUCCAUGCCCACUGCAUCUCACCACGCAUAUGCAAGACGACGACGACGACGACGACGGAAGCAGGGACGAGACGGGACGAAGGAAGAAGAGACGCUGGGGGGGUGGGGGUGGGAGAGCAGAAUAUAGUACCGAGAAUUUGUGCUAUUGAAAUUCUCUUGUGGGAUCAAUCACCUGGCCGCGCAGAUAUACACGAACCAUUCUGUCUCGUCAGUGGCAAGAUUCGCCGCUACCCUCCUCUUCAAACCUCUCCUUGCAUUACUUAAGCUUUGCGUCUCUGUUCCCCUUUUCUAUCGGUCGCUGCAUCGCUCUGUUUUUGCUGUAUUUUGCCUCACAACUUUUACUUCACUGUUUUUUCGUAGGGUUUUGCGGUGUGUUGUUGUUGUUGUUGUUGUUGUUGUUGUUUUUUGUUUUUUGUUUUUUUUUUUUUUUGCCAUGGCGACUGCUAGUAUGUCGUGUGCGAUAGCUGCCGGCGCCUCCGCGGGGUUGCAGAGGAGCACGGAGCUCCCUCAGCUGCGCGGGGCGGAAGUCAGCCUCUGCAGUGCCAAGAGGCGCGGCAGGGGGAGCUUGGCUGUGAGGAAGGCUGUUGCUGUGGCGAGUACGACGAUUGGCAAUGGCCAGGGGCUCACUUACAAGGAUGCCGGGGUGGACAUUGACGCGGGCACGGAGCUCGUGCGGCGAAUUGCGAAGAUGACGCCGGGAAUUGGCGGGUUUGGAGGGUUGUAUCCCUUUGGGGAUUCGUAUUUGGUGGCGGGCACUGAUGGUGUUGGGACCAAGCUGAAGCUGGCGUUUGACAUGGACAAGCACGACACGAUCGGGAUCGACCUGGUGGCGAUGAGCGUGAAUGAUAUUAUCACAAGCGGUGCUAAGCCUAUGUUCUUUUUGGAUUACUUUGCGACCAGUCAUUUGGACGUGGACCAAGCGGAGCAAGUGAUCAAAGGAAUUGUGGACGGGUGCAAGCAGUCGGACUGCGCGCUGCUGGGUGGAGAGACAGCUGAAAUGCCCGGGUUUUAUGCGCCCGGAGAGUAUGACUUAAGUGGAUUUGCAGUAGGGAGUGUGAAAAAAGAUGCGCUGAUCGAUGGAAAGAGUAUUGCUCCUGGUGAUGUUCUACUUGGCUUACCUUCAAGUGGAGUGCACUCUAACGGGUUCUCGCUUGUGCGUAAAGUGCUGGCCAAGUCUGGGGCAUCUCUUCAUGACGAAUUGCCUGGUGCGGGAAAGUCCAUCGGGGAGGCAUUGCUUGCGCCCACAACCAUCUACGUCAAGCAGGUGUUGGAUCUUGUGGCGAAAGGAGGCAUUAAGGGAAUUGCGCAUAUCACCGGUGGCGGUUUCACUGACAAUAUCCCUCGCGUCUUCCCAGACGGUCUGGGUGUGGAGAUCGACGUAAAUUCGUGGGAAGUGCCUCCUAUCUUCAAGUGGUUGCAAGAGCAGGGUGGCGUGGACGAUGCUGAAAUGCGGCGAACAUUCAACAUGGGCAUUGGUAUGGUAUUGAUAGUUCGCAAGGAUGCAGCAGAGAGGAUCGUGUCCGAAGAAAGCUCGUACGGCAAGGUGUAUCGCUUGGGUCACAUCGUUGAGGGCAAUGGUGUCAUCUUCAACUAGGACCGAGGAAACCAUCAACAUCACGUUCAAUCAAGUGUGGGGCUAAAUUUUAGAAGGUAGACCCAUCACAUCUCUGUGAGAUCGUGGUAAAUUCUAUGCUGCUUUUUAUGGGGAUGUGAAGGCUUUGCAACGACCUGUUGGAUACAUUCAUCGUCCACAAUGAGGAGAGGCUUCUGGUGCUCGCUGUUGCCCACAAUUUUGGAUAGAAAUUGGUCUACUAUGAUGAUUGCUCGCCCUCCUGGUUUUAGUACAUGCAAAUUGUGGUCAACGCAGUGCAGUCGGGGUUGACGGGAUUAGUGGGUAGAGGACAACCUGAGUAGAAAUAUCCACCCAACCCAAGUGGUUUGUUUUUAAUGUUGCAAGCCAGUUGAAAUACAUCUUUCCAACGUAUGAGCAAGAGAA